UGAUGAAGAGAGUUUGGAUAAAAAGCACAGAGGAUUUCAUGUAAAACGGUCUAAAAAGAGCUCCAAAAUGAGUGACUCAGAUGAAGCUGGGAGACUGGAUCAGGAUAAGAGAUCAGACUCACCUGAACCCAGCUGUGUCUCCCUGAAGAGUGACCAGUCAAUGGAUAAACCUAUAGGCUUCAGAGAGGAUAACAGAUCUACUGAUCUCAGUGAGAUUCAGAGAGUAGUGAGAGCAGGCUCUCCUGAACCCAGCCAUGUGUCUAUGAAGAGUGACUGGUCAAUGGACCCUCCAUUAACGUUUGGAAAAGAAGACUGUUCUCCUGAACUGAGAUUCCAGCAGGAGGCAUCAGACACCACUAGAAGAGAUUCCAUAUUCAAGGAGCUGGAGCACAAAGUCAUCACUCUGGUAAAGAAUCAGCUGAGGAGUUUUGUAAAGCUGAUGAAUCUGGAUUACCCAGCAUGCUCUGAAAAAGAAAUAGAGGAUGAAGAGGAUCAGAGUGGUGUCAGAGAGGGGGUGCUGAAGAUCACACUACAUGUCUUAAGGAACAUGAACCAGAAAUACCUCGCUAACACACUGAAAACCAAGUUGGCUCCUUGUCAUCAAAAACUCAAAUCCACACUGGGGAAAAGGUUUCAGAAAAUCAAUGAGGGAAUUGCAAAUCCUGGAUCCUCAGUCCUCCUGAAUGAGAUCUACACAGAUCUGUACAUCACAGAGGGAGGGAGUGGAGAGGUCAAUAAUGAACAUGAGGUCAGACAGAUUGAAGCAGCGUCCAGGAGACCAGCAACACAGGAGACACCCAUAAAAUGUAACGACCUCUUUAAAGACCAGUCUAUCAGAACUGUGCUGACUAAAGGAGUUGCUGGAAUUGGAAAAACAGUCUCUGUGCAGAAGUUCAUUCUGGACUGGACUGAAGGAAAAGCCAAUCAGGAUGUUCUCUUCAUAUUUCCACUUCCUUUUAGAGAGCUGAAUCUGAUGAAAACUGAAAAACUCAGUCUGUUGGAUCUUCUUCAUCAGUUUUUCAAAGACACAAAAUACUUAAAACCAGGAGAUUAUCAUCGUUCCAGAGUCAUGUUCAUCUUUGAUGGUCUGGAUGAAUGUCGACUUCCUCUAGAUUUCCAGAACAAUGAGAGAGUAUCUGAUGUAACACAGUCAGCCUCAGUGGAUGUGCUGCUGACAAACCUCAUCCAGGGGAACCUGCUUCCCUCUGCUCUCCUAUGGAUAACUACUCGACCAGCAGCAGCCAAUCAGAUCCCUCCUGACAGUAUUGAUCAGGUAACAGAGGUACGAGGGUUCAGUGACCAUCAGAAAGAGGAAUACUUCAGGAAAAGGAUCAGAGAUCAGAGCCUUGCUGAAAGAAUCAUUACACACAUGAAGUCCUCCAGAAGCCUCUACAUCAUGUGCCACAUCCCAGUCUUCUGCUGGAUCUCAGCCACUGUUCUAGAGAGGAUGUUGGGUGAAGCAGAGGGAGGAGAGAUCCCCAAGACUCUGACUCAAAUGUUCACACACUUCCUUAUCUUUCAGAUCAAGCACCGCAGCCAGAAGUACCAAAGAAAAAGUGAUGUUGACCUUGACCAGACUAGAGAGAUUAUUCUGGCUCUGGGAAAACUGGCUUUCCAACAGCUGGAGAAAGGAAACCUGAUCUUCUAUGAGGAAGAUCUGAGAGAGUGCAGCAUUGAUGUCAGAGAAGUGUCCGUGUACUCAGGAGUGUGCACCCAGAUCUUCAGACAGGAGUUUGGACUUCACCUGGGGAAGGUUUACAGCUUUGUGCAUCUGAGUGUUCAAGAGUUUCUGGCUGCUUUAUAUGAGUUUCUGUCCUUCAUCUCCAACAACACAAAUGUUCUACCUGGAUUUCUUGAUUUUGUACAAAAGGCAAGAGCACUGUCUGAAUUCCUAAAGAGAGCCGUGGACAAGGCCUUACAGAGUGAGAACGGACACCUGGACCUUUUCCUCCGAUUCCUUCUGGGUCUCUCACUGGAGUCCAAUCAGACUCUCUUACGAGGUCUUCUGAUACAGACAGAGAACAUCUCUCACAGUAAAGAGGAAGUAGUGGAGUACAUCAAGCAGAAGAUCAGGGAGAAUCCCUCUCCAGAGAAAACUAUCAGUCUGUUCCACUGUCUGAAUGAACUGAAUGAUCAUUCUCUAGUGCAGGAAGUCCAGAAAUACCUGAACAGAGGAGGUUCCAGUGAUCUCAGUGGAGUUACUCUCUCUUCUGCUCAGUGGUCAGCUGUGGCGUUUGUGAUGCUGAAUUCAGCAGAGGAGCUGGAUGUAUUUGACCUGAGGAAAUACGAAAGUUCAGAAGAAUGUCUUCUAAGGUUGAUGCCAGUGGUCAAAGCCUCCAGGAAAGCUGAGCUGUGGAAGUGUAAUCUGUCAGAGAACAUCUGUGCAUCUCUGGCCUCAGCUCUGAGCUCAAACUACUCAACUCUGAGAGAACUAAAUCUAAGGGGCAAUAAGCUGCAGGAUUCGGGAGUGAAGCUGCUCUUAACUGGACUGGACAAUCCACACUGUAAACUGGAAAAAUUGGGGCUGGGUCAGUGUAAUCUGACAGGAAAAGUCUGUCCAGAUCUGGCCUCAGCUCUCAGCUCAAACUCCUCAACUCUGAGAGAACUGGAUCUGAGUGAGAAUAAACUGCAGGAUUCAGGAGUGAGGCUGCUCUCUGCUGGACUGAAGAGUUCACACUGUAAACUGGAGAAGCUAAUGCUGUGGAAAUGUAAUCUAUCAGAGAAAAGCUGUGCAGAUCUGGCCUCAGUUCUGAACUCAAACUCCUCAACUCUGAGAGAACUGAACCUGAGUGAUAACAAAUUGCAGGAUUCAGGAAUUAAGCUGCUCUCUGCUGGACUGAAUAGUUCACACUGUAAACUGGAGAAACUGGAACUGCGUUGGUGUAAUCUGACCGAGGAAAGCUGUGCAGAUCUGGCCUCAGCUCUCAGCUCACACUCCUCAAUUAUGAGAGAUCUGGACCUGAGUUAUAAUAAACUGCAGGAUUCAGGAGUGAAGCUGCUCUCUGCUGGACUGAAGAGUUCACACUGUAAACUGGAGAAACUGAAGCUGCAUAGCUGCAGUAUAGCAAACGAAGGCUGUGAUGCUUUAGCUUCAGCUCUGAAAUCCAACCCCUCCCACCUGAGAGAGCUGAAUCUGAACUCCAAUAAACCUGGAGAAUCAGGGAAGAAGCUUCUCUCUGAUCUACUGAAGGAUCCUCACUUUAAACUGGAGAAACUACUCAUUUGGACAGACACCUGACCUCCUUUUCCUGUUUACCAUCUUAUCCACUGUAUAUAUUACUGUUGUUUUUGUUGAAGUAUAAAUAUUUAGUUAAAGCUCUGCUGAUACUUGUUCUAUAACAAGCUGAAGUGAGAUCCGGCUGUUCAGCAGCUGGAAUAGCUGAACUAAACAGUAACAGAUCAUUAUCAGAACAGCUCUAAUCUUAUUAUAAGAGUGGAAUUAGAACCUUGUUGAUUUCUAUAUUGUGGAGUUUAAUAGGAAAGUGGGAGCCUUGUCUGUCAAAAACUGAAAUUUUCACAGAUGAUAUUUUGGUUCCAGAAGAUUCUUAAUUCCUACUGAAAGUCAGUGAGAGGUAGAUCAUCAUUUUCAGACUCUUGGGUAAAUACCCCGAGCUCUAAAUCAUUGGCUGUGCUAAAAUGUGGUGUGGAAUCUGGUUUAGAGAGAUCUGAAUCUACACAUACAGUAUAGUACACUUUUAUAUUCUGUAUAGCAGGCAGAGCAGUGAGGGUUAGCCAGUCGACAGUGAUCAGUUCAGCACUGUCUUGUACUUUUAUCAUGUUGUUUAAAUCAAUUAGAAAUGUGUUGAAACCUUCAGAAGCUGUAUAAACUCUAUCCAAACUCAUUCUUUUAACUUUUACAGAGCCUUAAAAUGUAUUUUAUUUCCUUUUAAGCACUUCUAACCAAAAACAGAAGUUGGAAAUUAGCUUCAGCUAGAAUUCUUGUAUACAUUACAUUACUUGUAUUUUGUGUAACAGUGUUUAUCUGCAUAGUCCCUGUAAAAUAUGUAAAUAAAUACAUAUAUAAAUGAAA